UCCCAUCAGGCUCAAGUGAAGAGUUUACUGAAGGACAGCGAGAACAUGAGUGAUCCAGAACCCUGCAGAAUUAAACCUGAAGAUACUGAACAACAAAUAGACCUAAUUGAAGAGAAUGUGGCAAGUAAAGAGGAGGAACAUCAUGUCAAAGUUGAGGAAAAAAAUCAUUUACAGACUUGCGGUAUUUUGAAAACGAGAGACAAGAAACCAUUCACAUGCACUGAGUGUGGGAAGAGUUGUGGAGGAAAAGAUGAUCUUAAGAUUCACAUGAAGAUCCACACUGGAGAGAAACCGUUCACCUGCACUCAGUGUGGGAAGAUUUUCAGACAUAUAUCGACCCUUAAUAAACACAAGAAAAUCCACACUGGAGAGAAACCAUUCACAUGCACUCAGUGUGGAAAGAGUUUCAGCCAGUCAUCACAAUUUAAUCAACACAUGAGGAUCCACACUGGAGAGAAACCAUUCUCAUGCACUGAGUGUGGGACGAAUUUCAGCCGGUCUUCAAACCUUAAACUACACAUGAAGAUCCACACUGGAGAGAAACCAUUCACCUGCACUCAGUGUGGGAAGGGUUUCAGACAAAUAUCAAGACUUAAUAAACACAAGGAAAUUCACACUGGAGAGAAACCAUUCACUUGCACUCAGUGUGGGAAGAGUUUUGUUUUUUCAACAAGUCUUAAUAAACACAUGAAGGUCCACACUGGAGUGAAACCAUACACAUGCACUCAGUGUGGGAAGAGUUUCAGCGUCUCAUCAAACCUUUAUAGACACAUGAGGAUUCACACUGGAGAGAAACCAUUCACAUGUUCUCAGUGUGGGAAGAGUUUCAGCAUCUCGUCAAACCUUCAUCAACACAUGAAGGUCCACACUGGAGAGAAACCAUUCAUAUGUUCUCAGUGUGGGAAGAGCUUCAGCCAGUUAGCACAACUUAAUCAACAUGUGAUUAUCCACACCGGAGAGAAACCAUUUACAUGUACUCAGUGUGGGAAAAGCUUCAGCCAGUCUUCACACCUUAAACUACACAGUAAUGUCCACACUGGAGAGAAACCAUACGCGUGCUCUCAGUGUGGGAGGAGUUUUAGCCAACCAUCCAACCUUAAGCAACACCUAAGGAUCCACACUGGAGAGAAACCGUACACAUGCCCUCAGUGUGGAAGGAGUUUCAACCAUUCAUCAUCGAUUAAUCUACAUAUGAGGAUCCACACUGGAGAGAAACCAUACUCAUGCACUCAGUGUGGAAAAACUUAUUGGUUUAGUAGCAAUCUUAAGAUUCACAUGAGGAUCCACACUGGAGAGAAACCAUUCACCUGCACUCAGUGUGGGAAGAGCUUUGGCCGAUCAUCCAACCUUAAUCAACACAUGAGGAGCCACACUGGGGAGAAACCAUUCACAUGCACUCUGUGUGGGAAGAGUUUCAGCCAUUCAUCAAACCUCAACAAACACAUGAAGAUCCACCCUGAAGAGAAACCAUUCAGAUGCACUCAGUGUGGGAAGAGCUUCAGCCAAUUAUCAAACCUUAAUAAACACACAAAGGUUCACACUGGAGAGAAACCGUUCACAUGCACUCUGUGUGGGAAGAGCUUCAUCUUCUCAUCAAACCUUAAUAAACACAUGAAGACCCACACUGGAGAGAACCCACUGACAUGCACUCAGUGUGGGAAGAGCUUCAGCCAAUCAUCAAACCUUAAUAAACACAUGAAGAUCCACACUGGAGAGAAACCAUACGCAUGCACUGAGUGUGGGAAGAGUUUCAUCUUCUUAUCAAACCUUAAUAUACACAUGAAGGUCCACUCUGGAGAGAAACCAUUCACGUGUUCUCAGUGUGGGAAGAGUUUUAGUCGAUCAUCCAACCUUAAUCAACACAUGAAGAUCCACACUGAAGAGAGACCAUUCACAUGCACUCAGUGUGGGAAGUGUUUCAGCCAUUCAUCAUCCGUUAAUCGACACACAAGGAUCCACACUGGAGAGAAACCAUUCACCUGCACUCAGUGUGGGAAGAGCUUCAGCGUCUUGUCAAACCUUAAUAAACACAAGAGGAUCCACACCGAAGAGAAACCAUUCACAUGUUCUCAGUGUGGGAAGAGCUUUAGCCAAUUAUCAAACCUUAAUCGACACAUGAGGAUGCACACUGAAGAGAAACCAUUCACCUGCUCUCAGUGUGGGAAGAGCUUCAGCCAAUCAUCAAACCUUAGUCAACACAUGAUGAUUCACACUGGAGAGAAACCAUUUAGAUGCACUCAAUGUGGAAAGAGUUUCGGCCAAUCAUCAAUCCUUAAUAGACACAUAAAGAUACACACUGGAGAGAAACCAUUCACAUGCACUCAGUGUGGGAAGAGUUUCAUUUGCUUAUCAAGUCUUAAUAAACACAUGAAGAUCCACACCGGAGAGAGACCAUUCACAUGCACUCAGUGUGGGAAGAGUUUCUGCCAGUUAUCACAACUUACUCAACACAUAAGGAUGCACAGUGGUGAGAAACCAUUCACAUGCACUCACUGUGGGAAGAGUUUCAUCUUCCCAUCAAGCUUGACUCAACACAUGAGGACGCACACUGGUGAGAAACCAUUCACAUGCACUCAGUGUUGGAAGAGCUUCAGCGUCUCGUCAAACCUUUAUCAACACAUGAAGGUCCACACUGGAGAGAAACCAUUCACAUGCACUCACUGUGGGACGAGUUUCAUCCAGUUAUCACAACUUAAUCAACACAUGAAGAUCCACACCGGAGAGAGACCAUUCACAUGCACUCAGUGUGGGAAGAGUUACAGCCGAUCAUUCAAUCUUAAUAAACACAUGAGGCUCCACACUGGAGAGAAACCAUUCACCUGCACUCAGUAGUCACGUUUCCACUAUCGCGCCUGAAGCGAGCAAGCCAGGGCCAGUCGUGUUUCCACUGUUUGGCCUGAUCAGGCCAAAGUGGGGCUUUCUCUGGGCCAGCAACCGGCCUUUUUCGGCCUGCCGAAUACCUUGGGCCAAAGAGGGCCAGCUGGGGCUUUGAGGCAGAGUGAAAGGAGAGGCGGAGUUUGCCUGAGUCUGGUAAAGUUGGCACCCCAUCAUUACACUAGUUUUCCGAUCGCACUUGAGUACAUGCGCCAAACAAACAAAUAAAUUAGUGGGCUAAGGGAAAGAAAACAGCUGGCUACACUAUAUAGCACACUAUAGGCUAUGUUUUUUGUUGUUAUGAUCGCCCUUGUGUUUCCCUUUUAAAUGUAAGGCUGUUGCAGAAAAUAAUAAAGUUUUAAUUUAU